AUGGGCAAGCUCAUCAAGAACCACUGGGCCCGCCUAAUCGUCCUGACCGCGGCGACGUAUCAACUGGCCGCCGGCGUCGAGGGCUUUUUCUGGCCCAAGAUUUUCUGGGACUUCCUCACCAAGAACCUCGACGGAGCAGUCAAGCCUUUUCCUGCAUUACAAAUCAUCAACGUCAUCUUCAGCAUCUUGAUCUUCGCUUGGGAAUGGCCCUUGCACCCGGUGGUUAAGAUGUUACCGGGCUUGCAUCGCAGCAUGGAGGCGAGACUGGUGGUAUACCCCUUAGCUGCCCUUGCGGGGGUUCUGCUAUAUCAAGGCACCAACUCGGCGCUGUACUAUAUCAUCGGAGUUCUGGCUUAUUUCUGGGCUUAUUCGGAAGGAGAGACUGUCUGUCCAGAGCCGUGGACUGUCCCGAAGAGAGGCGGUGUCAGACAGGGCAAGGUCUGA